UCGCUGUCCGACUACAAAUUGCAAGAUGCUGUUCAACAUGCUGGUUCGGUACUUCAUGCUCUGCGUGCUCGCGGAGCGUGUAGUCAGCUUCGUUAUUCCACACCAGGAGAUCCUCAUCUCGUCGCCAGCAGAAAAAGACCCCAAUGUCAUCCUUUCAGCUNNCUUCGCGCUGCAGAAGUCAUCCCAGAUGUCCUGGACACGUUCUCGCCUCUAAUCUCCUUGACAGCAAACUGGUCCUCUGUCGCAAUGACACGCCUCGGCAACACUAUUCCACCCUCCCACCUAUCCCAUCGCCCAGAUAUCCUCGCCUAUCCAAUCCCCUCCGCCUAUCUGCCCUAUGAAAGUGAAUUCGUGCUCGCCCUCACCGACCCAGAUGCCCCUUCCCGCGAGGACCCCAAAUGGAGUCAAGUAUGCCACUGGCUGGGCAGCUUUAAAGGAACCAAAGCCAAAGAGUUGGUGGAGUAUAAGGCUCCUGCGCCACCGGAGAAAACCGGCAAGCACAGAUAUGUGGUUGUGCUUAUGGUGCCGAAGAACGGGACGACUGAGGAGUUGGACUUGGAGCUGCCUGAGGAUAGAAGACAUUGGGGAUACAAGGGGGAGAGAUCAGGAGUUAAGGAGUUUGCGAAAGUCAAUGGGCUGAAGGUCAUUGCGGCAAACUUCAUCUACUCGCAGAACGACAAGCAGUAG